ACAGUUGGAGCAAGUCGUUUAGGAACUCCUCAAAACUACUUCCUCACUUGACUGACAUUUUUUGACUUAACGGAUACAGCGAAUGUUUUUUUUUUUUAAUGCUGGAAAUCGUGUGAGAUUUUGUCAAGAUUGAGGGAACGCAGCCACCAUGAGUGUCCCCCUUUACGCACCGACUCCAAUCCAGCAAGCUCAUCCGACUCCCUUCUACAUUGAAGAUAUUCUAGGAAAGAACACCUCCUCCUCCUCCUCAUGCUCCUCCACUGCUCCGGUCCUUCCAUCACCCAACUCUUCCUUUACAAGUUUCAUCUCACCUUACCGGACUCCUCUUUACGAGCCCACGCCGAUCCACCCUGCGCUGACCCACCAGGCUGCUGCUGCUUUGACGGCCUCCUACGCCUCCUCUGCUGGGGCUUUCGCCGGCUCCAUGUACCCCUUCCACCACCAGCAACACCACCGAGCUGUGGGGGAGUACGCCCAGGCCCUGCUAAGACACGACCCACUCGGGAAACCUCUGUUGUGGACCCCCUUUAUCCAGCGGCCCUUACAUAAGCGAAAAGGCGGUCAGGUUCGCUUCUCCAACGACCAAACCAUCGAACUGGAGAAGAAAUUUGAGAUCCAGAAGUACCUUUCACCGCCAGAGAGGAAAAGACUGGCGAAGAUGCUACAGCUCAGCGAGCGACAGGUUAAAACCUGGUUCCAAAAUCGCCGUGCAAAGUGGCGAAGACUCAAACAGGAAAAUCCCCAAGCAACGAAGAGAGAGGAGGAUGUCAGUAGUGCCAAAGGAGAAGGGACAUCCGACCUGUCCGGGGUCCAGGGUCCAGAGCAGAAACAGACUUCAUCCCCCGGCAUGACUUUGGCGGUCCACAAUGUGCGAUCAAUGUCACCACAACAGUCCCUCACAGAGCCGGAAUCAAAUCUUUCAGAAGACACGGACCUGGAACUGGACAUUGAGGAAGACCACGAGGACACUUUGAACCGCCAGCUUUGAGUGUGAAGACAGUGAGGACUCGGACCAAUGCUGAGACGCUGACAGAUCAUUCUAUUCCCUGACAUGAAACAUGGUCUACAAACACAGUAAACAGGGAGCCAACAUUUUGUACAUAAGUUACAUAAGAAUAUUGUUACUGUAUCUCAUGGUACUGUCAAUUAAUAGACUAGAAACGUGUUCUGUAUGUCGUUUUAAAGAAUCAUGAAGUAAACAUGUUCAUGUGUGUCAAUGAGUGUGAUUUCUAUUAUACUCUUUUUUUGUGUGUGGAAAACUUUAUUAGCAAAUCUUGAAAUACUACGUCACAUGUGGUGAGGUUCACGGCUGGUGAGGCACUGCUUUAUCUGAUGCUUUGUUGUAAAAGUCUGAUCUCUCUCUGGUGAGCUUGGAUAAAUAAUUUGACGUCUUGUCAGUGGGAUUCAUUCAUCAGAGCAUAAAAAUAUAUUUAAUGAGUUCCCAGCUGGUGUUGCU